AUGACGUUACCUUUGUCUAGUGAAUCCGAUGGGUUACGUGAGCAUCUUCUUGACGUGGAAGUUAUCUCCGGCGGUGAACCAAAGAUCCGGGUAAGAGACUUGACCCGAGUCUCUGACGAUGGAACUCUGAUUCUGAAAGGAGUUUCCAUGGACAUACCGAAAGGGAUGAUCGUUGGUGUGAUUGGUCCAAGUGGAAGCGGAAAGUCAACGUUUUUGAGGUCUCUUAACCGUCUUUGGGAGCCGCCGGAGUCAACUGUUUUCUUGGACGGCGAAGAUAUUACAAAGUUUGACGUCAUCACUCUCCGCCGUAGAGUCGGAAUGCUUUUCCAGCUUCCUGUUCUCUUUCAGGGGACUGUUGCGGAUAAUGUGAGAUAUGGUCCGAAUCUGAGAGGAGAGAAGCUAAGUGAAGAAGAGGUUCACAAGCUGCUAAGUCUUGCGGAUCUUGAUACUUCAAUUGCCAAGAAGACUGGCUCAGAGCUAUCUGUGGGUCAAGCUCAACGAGUGGCACUUGCAAGGACUCUAGCGAACGAGCCUGAGGUGUUGCUUUUAGAUGAGCCAACAAGCGCUCUUGAUCCCAUAUCAACAGAGCACGUUGAGGAUGUCAUCGUUAAACUGAAGAAUCAUAGAGGACUAACGACUGUGAUUGUGUCUCACAGUAUCAAACAGAUCCAGAGAAUUGCUGAUCUCGUUUGUCUUGUUGUUGAUGGAGAGAUUGUUGAAGUCCUCAAACCAAAUGAGAUUCACCAAGCUAAGCAUCCAAUGGCACAAAAGUUUCUCCAACUCAGUAAAUGA